AUGUGUGAUGGUUGGACAGACAAUAUCAAUCAUACUCAUAUUAUGAAUUUCUUGGUAUAUUGUCAUAAAGGUACUGUAUUUUGGAAAUCUGUUGAUGCUUCUGAUGUUGAUAGUAGAAACACUGACUACUACUUUCAAUUAUUGGAUAAAGUUAUGGAAGAAGUGGAUCUUUGCUUGGAGGAUAUAGGAAAAAAGAAAAGCAUACAUAAUUUAUUAAGUGAAGAAAAAAUGGUGACAACCUUAAUCUAUAACCACACAUAUAUUGUGAGUCUUAUAAAAAAAUAUACAGAUGGUAGAGAUAUUGUUCGUCCUAGUGUUACCCGAUUUGCAACACAAUUUCUACAACUUCAAGCAAUUGUGAGACGAAAGGAAGAUCUUGAAAAUAUGUUCAAUUCUGAAGAAUUUAGAAAAACAAAAUAUCGUAAAGAAAAGAAAGGACCGGGAUAUGAGGCAAGGAAAAUUGUUAUGAGUAGGGACUUUUGGAGUAAGGCUAAUGAUAUAUUGAAAGUAUUUGAGCCAAUUGUAAAAGUUUUGAGACUAGUUGAUGGUUAUGAGAAACCAACAACUGGUUUUAUAUAUGAUGCCAUUCAUCGAGCAAAACAAGCAAUUCAACAAAAUUCUCGUUAUCAUUCCAAAUAUAAUGAUAUCAUUGACAAGCGUUGGAAAUUCAUGCAUUUUGAUCUUCAUUCUACUAGUUAUUUUCUUAAUCCGCAAUUUCAAUAUGGAAUUGAACGUGGAAAAGUUGUGUAUAAAGAAAUAUUUAAUGGAACAACUAAUGUAAUCAUGAAGAUAGAAAAAAACAUGGAUGAUCAAAUCAAAGCUUUAAACCAACUAACACUUUUUAGAGAAAAGAGUGAAACUUUUGAAUGGUUGCCAAUAAUUGAUACAAAUGAUGAAAAUGUUGAUGAUAAUAGUGAAAUUAAUGAAAGUGGUGGUGGUGGUUUAAGUCCACCAAGCAGUAAUAGUGAUGAUGGGGUAGUAAUGAAGUGGAUAAUGAAGGUGAAGGUGGAAGUGGAGGUGGUUCCGUCGUUCCCGUCGCUUUUCGAUUUAUGGUUAGGUUUAAAUUCUAAUAUGGAGCCUCUUUAA